CAGGGAAGAGGAGGGGAGGGUGUGUGUGUGUGAAAGCAGCCACUGCAUUUCUCUCAGCCAACAUGAGUGACAAAGAAGCGGCUGUUCCCAUGUCCAGGAAGCACCGGCUGAUGGCAGCGAUCUCGGCCGGGGAACACAGUCCGGGACGAUUGCAUUGCUUCAUCUGUGGGGGCCGUAUAAGUCCCGGGCGGGAGCAGAGGUUGCAGGUCCGGGCCAAGUGUCCCGGCUCGGCUCGCCUGCCUUACUUCCCUUUCCUCUCGCAGCAGGAGCCGGCUCCCGGAGCCCGGGAGGUGAGCGCCGACGGCUGGGUGCUGGUGUGCUCCGUCUGCCGCUGCUUCCUGGCCGAGCAGUGGCACUCCUUCGAGAGGUCCCGCACGCCGGUCGACAAGCGCAUGUACUGGCUCAAGCGACCGCACCAGUGCGACGGCCGCGGGACGUCCCGCGAGUGGAACCCCAGCCCGGCCGCCCCCGCCGCCGGCCACGACUCCGACCUCUCCUCCCUGUCCGAGCAGGAGCUCUCCGAGCCCGAGACGGAAGCGGGCCGCCCCCCUCGCCCGGCGCCGGGACCCUCCGAGCCCCACGUGGGCGGCGCCGGCCUCUCCCCCUCGGGUACGCCCGGUCGCUCCAGGUGCAGCGGGAGCAGCGGCAGCUCGUCCUCGGGGGACGAGGGGCAGCCGGAGGGCGCCAGGCCGAACGGGCAGCCCGUGACCCCGGCCGAGGGCGCAGGGGGUUCGGCCGGGCUGGGCGGUCGCUCCCACUGGGCCUGUUUCAUCUGCGGGGUCCGGCUGGCCCCGGGCUCCAAACACCGGGUGCACGUCCACAAGCAGGAGAACGACUCGGAUCAGCCCUUCUUCCCCUUCCUGUGGCUGCACUACCCGCCGCCUGGCGCUCGGCCCCUUGGCCCGGAGGGCAGCACCUGGGUCUGCUCCUACUGCCACCACUCUCUGCUCCAGCAGUGGCAGGGCUUCGAGUUGGCCAAGGUGCCGGUGUUGCAGCGCCUGUACGUGGUGCCCCUCAAGGGCGAUGCCCCAGGGGGCGGAGAGCAGCGGGGCUGCUACUUGUGUGGCGAGGACUGCGGCCCCGCGGCCCGCGCCGUCUCCUCCAGGGGCCCCAGCCGCAGCUCCCGGGAGGGCCCCAUGUACUUCCCCUUCAUCGGCCUGCUGCCCUGCCCACCCAGCGCCAAGGCCAUGACUGAGGGCGGCCAAGUCUCCUGCUGCCAGAGGUGCCACGGCGUGCUGGAGGAGCUGUGGGCGACCAGCUCGGGCCCGGAACGGGACGAGGCCAUCUCCUCGGUGCAAGCUUUCCUCAGGAGGUACCUGCAGAUCAGCGCCGGCUGCCCCUCUGCGGAGGCCUGCCGGCCCGCGAAGACUAAGCAGCUGCCCUCCUGCCCGCUCUGCGGCACAGGGCUGGAAGGCAGCCGGGAGUACCGGCUCAGAGUCGAUCCGCCCGGCCGCCCCGGGGACCAGGAGGAGCCCUUCUUUCCCUUUCUCGCCAGCCGCCGUUGUUCGGGCCGCCCGGAAUCGGCGGGGACGGUGUCUGCCUGCGCCCUGUGCUGUCACGAUCUCCUGGAGCAGUGGUGGCGUGGGAAGAACUCACAGCAGCCAGGUAGCCCAUGGUCCCGGCGGUACAAGGUGGACACGUUCGUGUGCUUCUUCUGCAGACGGGAGAGGAGGCGCUACCUCGGACUGAGAGCAGUGACGGUGGCCCGGCUUCCUGUCUUCCUGUAUGCCCCUCGUGUGGCUGACGCGCUUGUGGUGGACGAUGGCAAACAGCUGACAAUUGGCACGUGUAAGGAUUGCAGAGCUAUGGUCCUGGUUGGGAACUCUGUCAAACAAGGGAGCCAAGUGGAUUCUCUGUCGCCAUCUCCCAUUUCGAAGGGUUUGCCUUCACCCCCUCGCCCCUCCAGUUCCAGCAAGAAGCAGUCGGCGUCGUGCCCUCCCCAGGCCAGGGAGGAGACGUGGGAGGAGAGCAGAGACCGAGGCAUCGCGGACAGGACCCCGAUCCCGACCACCUCCCCUCGGCUGACGGUGCAUGCUGGCAGUUCAGACCACGAAACCACAAGCAUGAGCCAUGAGCCAAAGUCACCUUCACUAGGAAUGAUCUCGACUGCGACUCGGACUACUGCCACCGUAAGCCCCCUCAACCCUUCCUCCCUCAACGGCUCCAUAGUGCCCAAUGGCAGCCCGGCAGCUAACAGCACUUUGCCUGUACCGUCACCCCACUCUGCCAGCUUCGCUGCUGCGCUCCGCAAACUCGCCAAACAAGCAGAAGAGCCCAGAGGAUCUUCGAUAAGCAGUGAGUCCUCACCAGUCUCCUCUCCGGCCACCAAUCACAGUUCUCCUGCUAGUACGCCCAAAAGAGGCCCGAUUGGAACCAUCCUUGUUCCUCCAGCUGGUCACAGUGUUCCCAGCACUCCCCCCGUGGUGACAAUUGCCCCAACCAAAACCGUUAAUGGGCUUUGGCGGAGUGACAGCAGACAGCCAGAACCAGUGGCCAGGGGGCCCAGUAGAGAACGAAUGCACGCAGAGACCCAGCAUCAGUCAGAGAAGGGACCCCCAUCUAUCACAUCUCACCUCCUUGGGGCCCCUUACGCGUUUGGUCUCACUCACAGCACUGUUGUUCAGGACUCCCGGUUCCCUCCUCUCAAUUUGCAGCGCCCGGUUCCUCACGUUGUUGCGUCUGGCAGUGUGCAGGAAGAUUACCUUCGCAGCUUCCGGCCGUAUCACACAGGGGAGGAGCUACGCAUGCCUGCACUGCCGCCAAUGGGGCUCGAGGCAGCUGCCUCUGCCUACUAUCACUCCAGCUAUCUUGCCCAUCAUCCAUUCCCUCACCCAGCUUUCAGGGUGGAUGAUUCAUACUGCCUCUCAGCCUUGCGGUCACCUUUCUACCCGAUUGCAACCCCAGGCACUCUGCCACCUCUUCACCCCUCCGCCAUGAAUCUACACCUGCCUGGAAUGAGGUUUCCCACAGAGCUGUCUCAUUCCUCACUGUCUGCCCUGCAGCCAGAGCACUUGUCAGAGAGGCUGCAGAUAAGUGAAGAAAUCCGCCGGGAGAGGGAACGGGAACGGGAGCGGGAGAAAGAGCGGGAGCGCGAGGCCGAGCGGGAGAAGGAGAGAGAGAAGGAGCUCGAAAGGGAGAAGGAGAAGGAGCGGGAGAGGGAGCGUGAGCGGGAGAUGGAGCGAGACAGGGAAAGGAGCAGGGAGAAGGAAAUGAGCGCAGCUAAAGCGAUGGAGAAUCAUUACCUGCAGGUGCCUGAACUGCACAGUCUGCGAAACCAACAGAUAGACGACAGGGUUAGAGCUACAGAGCGGCUGACGCCAAACCGGACAGAUAAGCCCAAGGAAUAUGCACUGACGGGGUCCAAGGCGAUCCACCCAAACCUGCACCAAUCCCCCAUCUCCCACCACUCAGUGCCCACCCUGAUCUCCAACUCCAGCGGCUUCAUCCCACCGGGAAGCAGCUCGGCAAUGCUGCUGCAGAGGAACAACGAGGAGGAGAAGUGGAUGGCGAAGCAGCGGCAGUUGCGGCAGGAGAAGGAAGACCGGCAGUACCAGGUCUCGGAGUUCCGGCAGCAGGUUCUCGAGCAGCACCUCGACAUUGGGCGAUCCGGCUCCCAGAGCGAGGUGGAGCACAGGGAUGUCAUUAGGUCUGGGCCGAGUCACUCCCAUGAGCUCAGUAGCAGAGACCAGCCCCAGCAUCUGGGAGCCCCUCCACCUCUCAUCUCCCCCAAGCCCCACCCUAAGGAGCACCACUCCAGCCCGGCCGUCCUGUGGAACCCGGUGAGCCUGCUGGAUAACCAUUCUGAGGCCCGCAAAAGCCAGGAGAACCACAUGCUGACCAGCUAUACCAGCCCCUACGACUCACACCGGCAGCCGGGGCCACUCAUCAAGACCGAGAAGCUCCACAGCCACGAGGAGGCCCUCAAGAGGCAAGAGGUCCCGGAGAAGUACCAGCCACUCCGAGGGCCUGCCUCCUUGGAGCACGUGGCGCACCCUCAUUCUUAUGGACCCCCUUUCGCCGAGCUGGAGAAGUCUGCCCAGUCCAUCCUCAACCAGCAGAGGAUGUCUUUGGCAUUCCCCACGUCACACAAUGACGUCGGCUUGUUGCACAAGGCAGCUGCUGUCUACAGGCAGUCUCACAGCCAGCCGCGGGCCCCGGGCCCCUUGUACAUCUACGACGAGUCUCUGCAGCGGCACAGGAGGCUGGUAAGCAAGUUGGACCUCGAGGAGAAAAGACGGAGAGAAGCAAAGGAGAAAGGUUAUUACUAUGACUUUGAUGACUCGUAUGAUGAAAGUGAUGAAGAGGAAGUUCGAGCACAUCUCCGGCGCGUUUCCGAGCAGCCACCUCUGAAACUUGACGAUUCGUCUGAGAAGCUGGAGUUCCUCUGCAUGUUCGGCCUGACGACCCACGCCCGCAGGGAGGAGCUGCUAAAGCAGAAGCGACGCAAGCGGCGACGGAUGCUGAUGGAGCGGAGCCCCUCGCCGCCACCGGUCGCCAGCAAGCGGCAGGCGCCCUCGCCCCAGCUGAGGCUGCCCAGCAAGUACAGCGCCGACGAGAUGAACAGCACGCCCGACCUGGCCGAGAAGAAGAGAUUCCUGACGUCGUUCAGCCUCGCCCAUAUCCUCCCAGAGAAACGAAAGGAAAAGGAGACCCUGACAGAGAUGAUUCAGUCCAUAAAACAGAAGGCCCAACCGUCCGACGCACCGUUUAAAUACACCUCUUCUCCAUCAUGUCCUAGCCCCAGCUCAGUUCAGACCGCAGACUCGUCGAAUACAAACUCAGCCGCGGACUCCGAUAAGCCUCCGACUGCUGCCCCGCCCCUGCCAGAACUCCGGAAAAGUGCCGAUUUGGCCAGACCGGAGCUGCCCAAACUCUUGGAGGUGGCCAGCCGGCCAAAGGAGGCCAUACAACCCGGUGAGAAGAGCAGGCCACACGAAGGCCAUGGCGGGCGGAGGUCGGUGAGCGUGCUCACUAAUGCUUCGGGCUCAGUCCAGAAGGACAGUCUCGGUGCUGCCCCACACGGCACGGCUGAGAAGAACAAGCCCUGGGAAGCGUUCAUGGCUGAGGACUUUGCCCAGCAGUUCCAUGAGUCUGUACUGCAGUCCACACAACGAGCGUUACAGAAACAUAAAGGCACAUUGACACUAACCGCCGAGCAAAAUCACAAGUUGGACACCUCUGUCCGUUACAACAUUCCAGAGAUCCACUCCUCCAGCAGAACUCCCUUUCCCCACCAGAAUGGCCAGCACACUGCCACCCAGACCAGGAAAGGGGUUGUGUGUGAGCAGGAGGACGACUCCGACAAUGAAGACGAUGAGGAGGAGGAGGACACAAGGCCUUUUCAUUCAAAAUGGCAGGGUAUUGAGGCCAUCUUUGAGGCCUAUCAGGAGUAUGUUGAAGAGCAAAACUUGGAGCGACAGGUUCUACAAGCCCAAUGCAAGCGACUGGAAACCUUUCACCAGAACCUUAGCCAGUCAGUCAAGCAGCUGUCCCACAGCAUGUCGGAACUGGUGGCUCAGAAGCAGAAACUAGCCUCAGAAAGGGAGAGACUCCAGUCCGAAUUGGACCAUUUAAGAAAGUGCCUUGCACUGCCUACAAUGCACUGGUCUAGAAGCUACUUCAAGUCCUAUCCAAGGUGACAGCCCCGUUAGCUCGGCCAUGGCAUAGAGAGACUAUUUUAUUAUCCUGGUAUUUAAGAUUCCCAUUGGAAUUGAUGCUCUAGGCAAGACCUAAGGAAACAUGCCACACAUGAAGCAAAGGGUAAAAGGAUAACCCGCCUAUUGGACGAACAUUGCAUUGUACAGGAAACAAGACUUCUGGAGCUCUCUAUUUUUUACAUAAAUUUGCUUAAAGGAACACUUUUUUUUCCAACCUUGCUUUGAAUUUCUGAUAAUUAUUUAGUCCCUCAUCUACCCCCAUUCCAAUUAAGGACAGCUUGCAGGGGGUGGUCUAUCCCUGACCUCCAGAGCCAACACUAAUACAUCUGACGUGAACUCACUGGACUGUGUGAAUAUCUCCGUACUUCCUUGAUCUUGAGUGGCUUGCUACAACAACCCAAGUGGCUGAAUCUUCAGCAUGGACGUCUCUAGCUCCGAAGACAAGAAACAGAGAAGGUUCCAAUCCAUUGGAGAACACCACAAGAUACUGACCAAACGUGACUGAAGGAUCCACCUUACUGAACACCAUCAUCCUUGCCCACUGUGUCCCACUUUCUGCAGUCUCUGCUGAUAUUUUCUGCCAUGUAGCAAGGUUUGGAAGUCCUUUCUAUCCAAAUCCCACUGAAAAGGAAGUCCACCUCAUUUACUGGCUCUUCUCAGCCCCCUUGCACUGCAACCGAAUCAGACCAUGACAGUUUAAGGCUCGCUCAGAUAACGAGGCGGCUUUUUCACAGAAAAAUGCACUUAAGGCAAUUGCAGGUACAUUUUGAAACAGAGUCUAUUAAAUCACACUGAUGCAUGUUACAGCACUGAGUGUGUGUUAAGUAUAGAAAGACGAUAGCCUAAAGGGCACUUUUUUAAUUAUUAAAUAAAAACAAAAUAAAAAGGAUUUUUUCACAAAACAAAAAGAUGCUUUGCCUUGUACUGUAUAUAAACAAAAACAGAUUUUGUAUGUUUUUAUUACUUUAAUUAUUUGUAUUAAAGCUUGCCAUUUUUAAUAUGUUUCUGCUUUUGGCAAAUAUCUUGCUUUUAGUGUUCGUACUGCUGCUGGUCAGGACAAAGAAUCAAAAGUGUUUUUAAAACUAAAAUCCAAAAAAGAGAGCAAGAGGGUUUUCACUGGUGUGUAAGCUGUUCACUCUGGUUUGGUGUAGCACCAGUUUAAGAUUUCUUUAAGAGUGGAUGCAAAGCCUCCACACCUCUUCCCCUGCUUAUCACCCCUUCCUCCUCCUUAUUUAUACUUGCUUGAGAGAGACAAGCACCAGUGCCGACUUGUGGCUGUAUCAGCUGCUUUACGUUUUCUCCUAAUGUACUGUAAGUUUUUGUAUCUAAUUUGCACUUGCCUGUGUUGGGCUCUCAGACCCUUCCUCAUUUUCCACUCUGACACUCAUGAAAGGUAGAGAGAACAUUUGUGGUUGGUGUGUCUAAAGAGACUUUGAUGUAAGAUGCUUUUGUCGUGGCCACCCACCCCUGCUUCUCUCAGCCAAAUGGUGCAUUUUGACUGCAGAAAAAUUACCUUUGUGUUUGAAUUUUUUGUUUCUUACCCACUGCGGAGCACUGGCUGUGAUAGAUAGGGGUGUGCACUGAGGGACUUUUGCAGCAUCUUGUUACUCGAUGCAUUCUAUGUGUAUUCUCUGCCACCCCUCCCACCGGAGAUGGUAACACCCUUUUAACAGUUCUGGGUCCAGACAAUUAUUGCAAGGUGAGAGUUAGCAGGAUGUCUGGUGUAUUAUCAAAAUCUCCAGGCUCCCUCCUCAUAAUGCAAGUUCAGAGGUUAUGACAGCCCUGUUAGAAAAUACCUACAGACAUUCUUAAAAUGGAGACAGUUCGCACAGGAGGUGGGGGGGGGGGGGGGGAGAGAGAAGAGAGAAAGUGGGAACAUUUGUGU